CCCUAUGUCCCUCCGCUGACUCCGGCGCACGUUGUCUACGUCCAGCCGCAGCUCCUCCAGCUCCUACCUACUGCUCCACUUGGUCCUCAGCAUGUCCCAGCAGCAGAUCAGCCUGCCAGCCAAGCUCAUCAAUGGCGGCGUUGCCGGUAUUGUGGGGGUCACCUGCGUCUUCCCCAUCGACCUGGCCAAGACCAGGCUUCAGAACCAGAGGCACGGGCAACAGGUGUACCGGAGCAUGGUGGAUUGCCUCUUGAAAACCGUCAGGUCUGAAGGUUACCUUGGGAUGUAUAGAGGUGCUGCUGUCAACCUCACGUUGGUUACCCCUGAAAAGGCGAUCAAGCUCGCCGCCAACGACUUCUUCCGCCACCACUUUGCCAGAGACGGGAGGGGACUGACGGUCUUUCGGGAGAUGUUAGCGGGCUGCGGCGCAGGGAUCUGCCAAGUCAUCAUCACCACUCCGAUGGAGAUGCUCAAAAUCCAGCUACAGGAUGCGGGGAGGCUGACGGCGCAGCAACGGAGCCCUGCCAUGACACUCCCGCUGAAGCUGAGCGUGGCCGGCACUGCCGUUCCAGCCCGACAGUACAAUGCCGGGGUAGCAGCUGUGAGAAGCGUGUCGGCCACAAAGAUAGCGUGGGACCUCCUGCAUAGCCAAGGCGUUGGGGGCCUCUACCGGGGCCUGGGGGCCACACUCCUGAGGGACGUGCCCUUCUCUGUGAUCUACUUCCCGCUGUUUGCUCACCUAAACCGGCUAGGCCAGGGGCAGCCCUCAGAGGCCCCGCCCUUCUACUGGUCCUUCCUGUCUGGCUGUGGCGCCGGCUGCAUUGCCGCUGUGGCCGUCAACCCCUGCGAUGUCAUCAAGACAAGAUUACAGUCCCUCAGCAGAGGAGCCCAUGAGGAGAGCUACAGCGGCAUUGUGGACUGUGCCAGAAAGAUCCUGCGGAAAGAGGGUCCGUCGGCCUUCCUGAAGGGGGCCAGCUGUCGGGCCCUGCUCAUCGCCCCGCUCUUCGGCAUUGCCCAGGUCGUGUAUGUGCUCGGAGUCGGCGAGUUUGUCCUCGAUUACACGCCCAACACUCUCUUCUCCGCCUGAAGAUAAGCGGUGUGCCCAGAUGCAUCAUCAAGACCACGGCAGCUUCAAGUCUCAAGAGAGUUGCAAAGGAUUAAAAACAGAAAAAAAAAUUCUGAGCUGAGUGUUUCUCUCGGGAAAAAUAUUAUUUUUGCCAAACCGAACACCCAUGAUUGGCUAGAAUGUGUCAUGUGAUGCCAUUCAGUUAUCCCGCCCCCUUUAUUUCUUACUUGAUGAGAUAAUUGGAUGGCCGUUAAACUGUUUCACUUUGGAACCACUUUGGAAGGCUGCCAAUGAUGUUUUUUUCCUUCCAUUUGGGAGGGACAAAUCAUAUCUAGAUGCUCGUUUGAUGCAAAACAUCCAAGAUGGACUCUGUCUAUCGUGCCCAAGCUCAUCUGCUUGGUGUCUGACAUGACUUCUGGUGGGUUUCACCUGUUCUGUCUCCUAUUCCUCACUGUGGUGAUGUUACAUGGCAGUGAAUUUGUAAAUGAUAGGGUGACCCGCUGUGAGGGCUGUGUGAUUAAGCUAUUCUUUAAAAAUGGUACAGGUAUAAAAAAAAAACCACUCCAUUUGAAAUGCAGCAGCCAUCUUUGAGAUGUGCAGCUCACUGUGUUUCCGGAUUCCUAAAGGAUUCCUAACUGAGAUAGGACCUUCAGGACGGAUUGAUGGGGUGUUCCUGACCAUGAACGAUCACAUUGUGACAUCGAUGUAGCUAGACUUUCAAACAUCAUAAUGUUCUCAUAUGUCUUUUAAUUGUGCCAACAGAGUAAUUAUUAGCAUGCAGUAUCAGUGAAAGGUUUGGACAUACCUACCCAUAGAAAGGUUUAUUUGAACUAUUCUCUACAUUUUAGAAUAGUUAUAAAGACAUCAAAACUAUAAAAUAACAUAUAUGGACAUAUGCACUGAAUUCGGCCCUCAACCCCAGUUGCUCCAGUUACUGCCUGACCCCACUUUCUCCUCAUUGCUCCUUCCAUGAGGAGGCCUCCUGUGAUGCCUUUCCAUCUCUUCUGCAGGAGGUCCCAUAUAUAUUUGCAGCACUCAUUGGCCACUUAUCCUUCACUCUCUGGUGAAACUCCUCCCAAACCAUUUACCACUGUCCUUUGUACGCGGCUUAGUGGGUUCAAACGUUUGACUGGGAAUGUUAGAACCGUUACACUUAGUGUUAUAUUCUGGGUAGAACUUAAGAAUUUUUGCUACUACCCUACUGGGCUAGUUCAGUGAAAACGUAGUACGCCAUGUUCAGUUUGUUGUACUCGCCGUUUGUCUAAUUGGCUUGUCUCAGGCAAGGGGGCAGGCUUCAUUUCCAGCCCUGGUUAUAGCCUCGAAACAUGAAAGGAGUAGCAACGAAAACAUAAACUGAUCCCUGCUCCUCUGUGCAAAUGCAUUUAAGCAAAGGUGGAUAGUUCUGGUUCAAAAUCCAGACCAAGAUUUUGAUUCAACCAACCAAAUGAGUACUCUGUGACUGUAACUCAGCUGGUUGGUUGAAACAAAAUCUUUCUUUAUGGAACUGAACUGUCCACCUCUGGAUUUAUGAUCAGAGACACAGGUUUUCUUGUAAACAUAGUUAGGCGUAUCAAUCGGAGGACCCAUAGUGUUUUGGAAGCGCUGUCUGGGCCAAAGUAAGACAGAAAAAGGCAAAUGUGACCUGCGUUCCACAACAUGAAAUCAUUCCUGGGAGUGAAUGAUAGAAGAUGACAAAGGAGCAAUCAAACCAACCUUUUAGGUAGAUCUGAAUCUUUUUCUCAUUUAUAUUCAAUAAACCACUGACCUCCCCAUGACGUUGAUCGUUGAUAAGGACCAAACUGCAUUAGUCUCGUGUGCGGUGUUGUCUCCAACAAAUCGAAAUAGUUCAUACAAACGUUUUGGACUGCGUAACGUUUGAGGUUUCACGUGUUUUUCCGGUCAACGUUGAACAUCUGAAGACAAUCCAGCAAUUAAAGAAAACAAUAAUUCACUAUAUAUUUAUUAAUUCUUAAAAGGUUGGUGUUUCUGGAAUUUACAAUUCAAAAUGAAUUUUGUCAAGUUAUACAAGAACAAGCCAAAGAACAGCUAUGAACCUGUAGAUGUUGUUAAUAAUGGUUCCACUGUAACCAACUCCGUUAGAAAUGCAGUUGGGUAAGAUGCAAUGUGAGAAAAUACACCUUUUUCUUCUCUUACCAGUUUAACUGGUUAUUUCACGCUGCUUGGUUCUCCUGUGCGUUCAAAGAAUACAUGGUCCUCUAACUUUCAGUCAUUGUGUCUGACUGUCUUCCUUUGUAUAUAUCUGUUUCAAUAAAAUCAAAAGAUAUUCUCUG